AAAAUGUUAUUAUUAUCGACAAGUAGUUUGUCGAUUGUUUGUUAUUAUCACGAAUGACUUAUAAACGUCUAUACAGAGAACACUUAGAUAUCUAUUAAUUCGCGCACCCGUUCUAUCAGUGUCGUAAGAUAAACGAGAGGCAAACAGUUUUACGUUCUAAUUAAUACUUUUAAUCAACGCCACGUGAUACGAAUCGAUAUAAAUUGAAGAGACCGCGAUCGCAGUAACACAAUGUUUAUUACAAUGAGUGCUUUCGCCGGUCUCAUAAUCGCAUAUUUAAUUCUCUACACUAACGGUUUGCCGAGCCCGUUUAUUAUUGGUGGCAAUAAUGCUUCAAUCGUCCUGUUUCCUUAUCAAGCAUCAUUGAGAUAUAAUGACAGACACUUUUGUAACGGAGCUAUCAUCAGCAAGAAUUACGUCAUCACCGCUGCACAAUGCAUUUACGGUAACAUUAAUCCAUUCAUGUAUACCGUCGCGGUUGGAAGCAGUAAUCUCAACACGCCCAGUGCUGUAUAUUCAGUAAUGGAAAUAGUAGUACACAUUGGUUACAAUAAAGCGCGACAUAUUCACGACAUCGCUUUAGUUCGCAUAGAGAAAGAUAUCCAGUUUGACGAAAAAAUCCAGCCCAUUGCCUUACCAGACAUCGAUCAAGAUUACGAUGAUUACCCUCUCAUGGUUACAGGCUGGGCAAUGAACAACGUGUCUUUUUAUCCUUACCCGUUGCAAGAAAUUUUAGUCAAAGGAUAUUCUCAAGAAGAUUGCAACCGUGAAUACGGUUUUAUCCAAGAAAGUCAAAUAUGCACUAAAUGUGUGCAAAACGGUCAGGGGUUAUGCAACGGUGAUGUCGGCGACCCAGUGGUUAUUAAUGGUGUUUUAGUUGGCCUGGUGUCACACGUACGUUGCGAUUAUACGUAUCCAGACAUAUCCACCAAGAUAUUCCAUUACAAAUCGUGGAUUGAUGAAAAUAUGAGGAACCAAGACCGCGAUCGCUGUAACACAAUAUUUAUCACGAUGAAUGCUUUCGCCGGUCUCAUAAUCGUAUAUUUAAUUCUCUGCACUAACGGUUUGCCGAGCCCGUUUAUUAUUGAUGGCAAAAAUGCUCCAAUCGCCCUAUUUCCUUAUCAAGUUUCAUUGAGAUAUAAGGACGAACACUUUUGUAACGGAGCCAUCAUCAGCAAGAAUUACGUCAUCACCGCUGCACAAUGCAUUUACGGUAACAUUAAUCCAUUCAUGUAUACCGUCGCGGUUGGAAGCAAUAAUCUCAACAAGCCCAGUGCUGUAUAUUCAGUAAUAGAGACGGUAGUACACAUUGGUUACAAUAAAGCACGUCAUAUUCACGACAUCGCUUUAGUUCGCACAGAGAAAGAUAUCCAGUUUGACGAAAACAUCCAGCCCAUUGCCUUACCAGACAUCGAUCGAGAUUACGAUGGUUAUCCUCUCAUGGUUACAGGCUGGGCAAUGAACGACCUGUAUUUUUAUCCUUACAAGUUGCAAGAAAUUUUAGUCAAAGGAUAUUCUCAAGAAGAUUGCAACCGUGAAUACGGCUUUAUCCAAGAAAGUCAAAUAUGCACUAAAUGUGUGCAAAACGGUCAGGGAUUAUGCAACGGUGAUGUCGGCGAUCCAGUGGUUAUUAAUGGUGUUUUAGUUGGCCUGGUGUCAUACGUACGUUGCGAUUGUACGUAUCCAGACAUAUCCACCAAGAUAUUCCAUUACAAAGCGUGGAUUGAUGAAAAUAUGAGGAAGCAAUGAUAAAACAAU